AUGAGGCUCUCAACCGGCUCUUUCCCACUCCGUGCCCACUGCCAUGGAAGAGCACUGGAUGUUCACGGUGGACAGGAGGAGAACCAGGCUGCUUCCCUGCACUUAAGAGCAAAUUUCGGCACAGGCUUCCCACCACCCCGGAGGCAUCAGGGACGCCGUGCCCGCCAUCACCCUGCUCUCGUAUUUCCGCAGUCGCCCGCACGGCCCUGGGCUCAUGGGUGGCACCUCCGUAUCCGCAACAACAGAAACAACGCGGCGUUAGUUCUGAGGAAGAAAAAAGAGGAAGGCGGGGAGCGAUUCCGCAAGCGGCGGCAGGAGCGGGAACUGUACUCCAAGGAGAGGUUUUCACUGCUGCUUCUUAACCUGGAAGAAUAUUACUUUGAACAACACAGAGCUAGUCAUAUCAUAAAUAAAGGUUGCAGAGAUGAAAGGAAAAUAAGAGGUUCCCUAAAAAUCUGUUCAAAGUCAAUCAUUUUUGAACCGGAUGAGAAUCUGCAACCCAUUAUUAAGAUACCAUUGAGAGACUGCGGUAGUAUAAAAGCACCAGAAGACAGCGAAGCAAACAACCCAUUGUUACGGGAAACAUCUGGAGGGAUUUCUGUUGUAUGUAAUCAGGUUUUUCUCAUUAAAGAAAGAAAUGUUAUUGCACCCUAUAAAACAGUAAGAGGUAAAACAGAACACCUAUUCCAACUGGAUGUAGCUGGGAAACUAGGAGAUGUUGUGCAAACUCUGCAUCAGCUCUACAGGGCUUCUUGUCUAGAUAAGAUGGGAGAUCAAGCUGCCAUGAUAACUGCUAUACUGCAAUCCCGUUUGGCUAGAACUUCAUUUGAUAAAAACAGAUUUCAAAGCAUUUCUGAAACGCUGCGUAUGGAAUGUAAAGCAGAAAUGGUGACACCACUGGUGACUAAUCCAGGGCAUGUGUGUGUUACUGAUGCUAACUUGUACUUCCAGCCUCUAAAUGGAUAUCCUAAACCAGUAGUACAAAUAACACUGCAGAAUGUACGCCGCAUCUAUAAAAGAAGACAUGGUCUAAUGCCACUGGGACUCGAAGUAUUUUGCACAGAAAAUGAUAUAUGUUCUGACAUCUAUUUGAAAUUCUACAAUUGUCAAGAUCGAGAUGAGCUCUAUUACCUUAUUGCAACAUACAUAGAAAAUCAUAUUACGGAGCAUACAGCUGAGAGUUACAUGUUGCAGUGGCAGCGAGGGCAUAUAUCAAACUACCAGUAUCUGCUUCAUCUCAACAAUCUGGCUGAUAGGAGCUGCAAUGAUCUCUCCCAGUAUCCUGUAUUUCCCUGGAUCAUAGCAGACUACUCUAGUGCAGAAUUAGAUCUGACAAAACCUGAAACAUUCCGUGACCUUAGUAAACCGAUUGGUGCCCUGAAUAAAGAGAGACUGGAGAGAUUAUUGACACGUUAUGAGGAAAUGCCAGAACCUAAGUUUAUGUAUGGGAGCCACUAUUCAUCCCCGGGUUAUGUUUUGUUUUAUCUUGUUAGAGUUGCUCCAGAAUACAUGCUCUGUCUGCAGAAUGGAAAGUUUGAUCAUGCUGACAGAAUGUUCAACAGUGUUGCAGAAACCUGGAAAAACUGUUUGGAUGGCGCAACAGAUUUCAAAGAGUUGAUUCCAGAAUUUUAUGAAAACGAUUCUAACUUUCUAGUAAACAGCUUGAAAUUGGAUUUGGGAAAAAGACAGGGUGGAAAGACUGUUGAAGAUGUAGAGCUUCCCCCCUGGGCAUCAGGUCCUGAUGACUUUCUUCAGAAGAGCCAGGAGGCUUUAGAAAGUCAGUACGUUUCAGAGCAUCUUCAUGAGUGGAUUGACCUUGUAUUUGGCUGCAAACAAAAAGGAAGUAAAGCUGUUACAGCUUGCAAUGUGUUUCAUCCAUUAACUUAUGAAGGAGGAGUGGAUUUAAACAGCAUUAUGGACCCCAAUGAAAAAGUAGCUUUGCUGACGCAAAUCUUGGAGUUUGGGCAGACACCAAAACAGUUGUUUACAACUCCUCAUCCUCAACGGAUAAUGCCAAAAAGCUCCUCUAGAACAUCUAGUCACAGUGUUUCCAUAAGUGAAUCUCCAGUAUCUCCAAAUGAAGAAUCAUUUGAAGAUUUGACAGAAGAAAGCAUUACGCUUGCUUGGAACAAUAUUUCUAAACUAAGACAAGAUGAACAAUAUAAAAUUCACAAAGAGGCAAUUACUGGAAUAGCAGUCACCUGCAAUGGGUCUUCUGUUUUCACCACAUCCCAAGACUCAACUUUGAAGAUGUUUUCCAAAGAAUCAAAAACACUCCAAAGAAGUGUGUCCUUUUCAAACAUGGCUUUGUCAUCUUGUAUCAUCUUACCAGGAGAUAGCACUGUUAUAAGUUCUUCAUGGGACAAUAAUAUAUAUUUUUAUUCAAUUGCGUUUGGAAGACGGCAGGACAUCUUAAUGGGACACGAUGAUGCUGUCAGUAAGAUUUGUUGGCAAGAUGGGUGUUUAUAUUCUGCAUCUUGGGAUUCCACUGUAAAGGUGUGGAAAUGCGUACCCGGAGAGACAUCGAGCAAUAAAAGAAACUGUUUCGAAUUGCUUGCAGAGUUAGAGCAUGAUGUUAGUGUAAAUAUGAUCGACCUUACUGCUUCAAACACUAUACUAGCAUCUGGAACCAAAGAGGGUACCAUUAGUGUUUGGGAUGUUACCACAGCAACAGUGUUACACCAGUUGCCUUGUCAUUCUGGUACUGUGUUCGAUGCUGCUUUUAGUCCCGACGGCAGACAUCUACUCAGUGCGGGAGAAGACUGUUGUUUUAAAGUAAUAGAUGUACAGACUGGAAUGCUUAUAUCUUCUGUGACUGCUGAUGAGCCACAAAGGUGCUUCAGGUGGGAUGGAAAUACUGUCUUGUCAGGAAGUCAAUCUGGUGAAUUACUGACUUGGGACCUCCUUAGUGGAAAAGUCACUGAACGAAUCAAAGGACAUGCAGGUGCUGUAACCUCCAUGUGGAUGAAUGAACAAUGCAACAGUGUUAUUACUGGAGGGGAAGACAAACAAAUUAUAUUCUGGAAACUGCAAUACUAAGUGCCUUUCCCUCCAGCUGUUUAAAUGAACUCUUUCAUUUUAAACCAAACCUUUUAAAGGAAUUUAAUUGUGUGCAAUGAUGGCUGCUGAAGUUCAACCAGAAAAGCAGCUUUGUUCAACCACAACUUUCUGGUGACUUCACUGAGAGCUCUCAACUUCCAUAAUGUAUGCAUUGGGUUUUCAUAAAUUACCAAAAAUGCUUUGUCUAAUAAUCCGAGAUGACAUUAAAGACCUAUUUUUCUGUAACUGAAGAGCUCCUAACUUGUAGUUAGUGUUGUAGUGUGUUGUCUGAACCAUUUCUAAAGCAGCAGCAGUUGCAUUCUUUAAGAGAUUUAAGAUACUUGCAACAUGACAAUGUGUGUACAUCUCCCUUCCUAGCAAAGAUGCAUAUGAUGGUAAAUAUGCUUCGAACACUUACAGCUUAGGCAGUAAGUUGGUCUGAACAGGGGUCUACUAUGUAGUCUCCAACUGUGGUUACCUGCGAAGGCAGAGAAAAGUCAGAGAGCAUAUAAGGCUGAAAACCACAACCUUAAUGCAUUAGUCUGAAGGGGAGCCAAGGAUAAUCAUGAGCCCUUACUGUGGAGAAGUUUGAUAUUGACAUAUUAUACAUAUACCAGUCUUCCCCUAAUACUGUAAUAUCUUACUUUUCAUACCUUGUAUCUGUUCUGUUACUAUUUUUGUCUUCCUCACCUUGUUUUAUUUGGGGUUCGCAGCUUCCUUCAACUCUAAUACAACAUUCAAGUUUCAGCCCAAAGAUUCUCAAGUACAGAUAUAACUUGUGAGUUUAUGUAAGCCCUUGUUACUGUAACCCAGGGGUAAAAAGUGGUGCUGUACUGGGCUUAUUUUUCCCUGUAGAACUUAAGAAUACUCUUCCCUGCAAGGGGCUACUGUGAGGUUAAAGACUUCAAAUACUAGCCCUUAGGGGCAUAUUACAGUAACAGCCACCUGUGGUUCUGGUCCCUCAGUCCAACCCAAGAAGCGUGUUUUUUAAUGGUAUUCUUUAUUGGUGAUGUUAAACUGCCUUGUCAAUGUGUCCAGGACACAUUCCUAGAAUUUAUAUUCCAUCACUCCUUUGAGUCUGUUUCUAGCCAUACUGCCUGGAUUUCAAAGAUUUCAGGGAGCAGCUGUUUCCUUGACAUUAUAUAAUUAUUAUUACAGUUGUUUCAUGAUUAAGUUCCUCCUUUUUUAUUACAACAACAUGUUAAGCUUGCUUCAGCUACAUGAAGCUUUUGCUACAUGCGCCUUCAGUAUGUAACUGAUAAGCCAUAUACUGUACCUUCUGUUACCAGAUUUGCUUAACCUUGCCUUAAAAUGUU